AUGGAAGAAUGCAAUCGCCAUCCUGGUGGUGACAGUAGCUGGUGUAGGCGUCAGGCGAGCCAGUCCGAGUACGGCAGGCUGACGGAUGCUGUCCUGGGGACCAAGUUGCCGUACGCGCUUGUCACGGGAUGGAAGGACGAGCCGUCGGCGGAGGAGGCAGCCCCUUCAGGCGCAGCCGCCACCGCCGCCGCCGCCGGCGCUGCUUAUGAGCACAAGGCAAAGGUAGAGGCGCAGGAGCCGUACAAAGACCCGGAAGGGGCUCCCGCUGCUUCUGGGCCGCACCCGCCGCCGCUUGCCCCAUCGGAUGACGAUGCAGCUUACUCUUCGGAUGCAACAGACUCCGUGGAUUGGGAGAAUGGCGGCGAUUGCGGAAGCUCCGCCGCCGCUGCGGCCGCUGCUGGAAGUGCAACCGACGGUACCACCCACGACGCGCCGCUGCCGGGGAUGCUGCGCACAGCACAGCCGCGGCCGUUGCUAUGGCCGGCUCGUAAGCGCCGUACAUUACAUGACGACUCGGUGAACGGCUUUCAGCGGCGAUUGUCUGGGUCCGCUAAUGGCGGCGCCGGCGCCGUUGGUGGGGGCAGUAAGUCCAGACUGACAUCAGUCCGCGGCGGCGACGUCGCCGCCGCUGCUGCCGCCGGCGCUGCAUUGGAGGAUGGUGAAGCCGCGGGCCCUGUGACUCAUUUUGUAAAUCCUGGAGAGAUGGGCUUGCCGGAAGGUUGGCGCUGCUGGUGGAAGAUCCGCGCGGGGGGCAAGGAGGCGGGGCGCCGCAAGGAUUUCCGUUACCAGGCCCAGCGAGCGAGCCAGAUCCAGAUCCAGAUCCAUCUUGCCUGCUGCGUCUUGGAACCUAGGGACCCUCGGCCUCUGUGUCGGCCCCGAGAAGCCGACUACGAAUCACCGGAUGGUCGCCGGUUUAUCAGUUUGUUGAGCGCCCGCGAGCACGCCGCACUACUGGGGGGUUUGUCGCCAUUGGGGGCUGCCGCCGCCGCUACAGUGACGGCGGCGGCGGCGGCAACGCUGACGGCUCCCGCCAUCGGCACUGCCGCCGCCGCCGUCGGAGCGACGACAACCCAGCGGCCGCUAAGCCAAAGAUUCCAUGGGGCAAAGCGCGCCAGCGGCGGACAAUGGCUGUACGGCAGUGAUGGCGGCGGCAACGGGACCGCAGUAGCAAGUGCAGUAGCACGGAUGUCGUCGCUACACCAGCAGCAGCAGCAGCAGCACGAGCAGGCGCCUAAAGUGGCCGAAGCGCGUCAGGACGGUCACCGCCGCCGUGGCUCAGGAGUACGACGAGGUUGGCCACUACGGGGGAAUACGACGUCGUAUUUACGGUACGGCAGCGAUGGCGGCGUUGACGUCAGUACGGAAGAGGACGAGCAAGGAGGCUGUGGCGGUGGCGGCGCAGGUCGCGCCAAUCUUUGCAAUGCAUCGGGGGGGGAGGAGGGUAACGAUGGCAGCCAGGAGCCGCCUUUGAGCGGCCAGCAGCAACAACAACAGCAACAGCAACAGCAACAGCAACAGCAGCAGAGUUCAAACCUUCUAAACCAUCGAAACUAUCUAAAACAUCACCAUCAGCUGCGACACGACAAUGGUGUGCGACCCGGCGGCGGCGGCACAGCGCAGCAGCGUGCACCGGCGUCGUCGCGGCAGCGGCAGCGGCACGGCGGGACGACGGCACGCUGGCCUGACGGUGAUGACUUUAUCGUACCGUCGAACGGCCUGGAGGCACUGGCGGCGGCGGCGGAGGCGGAGCUUGUGCGGGUGGAGCGGCAUGCGGGACGGCGUCAUGAGCGGCAUACGAUAACGCCAGCGGAGCCUCCGCCAGCGCCACCGCCGCCGCCGCCUCUCCGCAGCGCCCCUGCACCCUUCAUUUCGUUGAUUAGCCCGUGUACCUCAGUCGUCGUUUCGCGGGCGACGUGGCGGGCGCCGACGGAUAGCGUGUUGGGCAAUGGCUGUGUUGCCAUUCCGCCAGCAGCUGUAGUACAGCCUCCGAGUAGCGUCGCGGCGACGGCGGCGACGGUAGCGGUGCAGGCGUACUGCAACCCUGAGCCGUCGUCGUAUUCCGUCUCGGACGAGGAUGGAGUUAUCCGUACAUUGACUGCCGAUCGGCCGUGGGAGCAGACCUCAUGCACGGCGGCGCGUAAACGUACAUCAUCGGUGCCGCCGCCGCUGCCGUCACUGUACGGCGCCGGUGCACGGCUUGAGCAACGCACGGAGCGCAGACCCGUGGGUCAGCCACCAGCGCAUUCGGCCCCGGGGGCCUUAUUGAGCUCGCUUUGUGGACAUGUACCUGCGGCGGCUGUCAUCUCGCCACCCGGCUUGCCUGUUCUGACUAAUGAGAUCUUGCCGUUGUACGGAAGACGGUUAGAGCUUACGGUUAACUUGACGGUUGGGGAGUUGCUUCAGUUGGCAAUUGCAUCUAACCCUGCCCUUCGACAAUCAACAAUGCCCACCCUGGAGCUAUCCUCGGCCAGCCGCCUCGCGAUUAUAUCAGCGCUAUCGCCGCAUCGAUUCCGUCUUCACCAGCACCAACAGGACGUACAAAUGCCGCAUGCACGACAGAUGGGUACGGCAUCUGGUACGGAGGAUGCUGGCACAGCGCAGCUGCGCGGCGUACUUGAAACUGUUGCCGAGCUCCUGACGUCCGGACUACAAAGUACGGCAGCGCAGUCGUCGCCGCCGCCGCCGCCGGCCGAGGAAGUGGCGGUUGCGGCUGCAGCGGUCGUGAAGGCAGCUGCAGGCAGGGGACGCCCCGAGACUGGUCCUCCCGCCAUGGCGCUGGGCAGGACAUCUCCGGGGGCCGCGGCGGCGGCGGCGGCUCCGAUUGAAGCGGCAAUCGCAAGCACUGGCGGCGGUGGCGGCGGCGGCGGCGGCGAUGGCGGGGAUGGAAUCGCUCCACCACAGGAGAAUGGAUGUUGGGCGACGUCGAUAGACGGUCCUUUACCGGUGCCGGCUGCCGGUACGGAUGCGUCUGCCUUGGCGGCGGCGGCGGCGGCGGCGACGGCGAUGGCCGCGCCUGGUACGGCAGGUGCCGAACUGUCCAGACACUUGGCGGCGGCGCAAGCGCCUUUCGCCGCACGAGCCAGCCCAGCAGUGACGCCGCCGCCGCUGCACCGCCAGCAACCGCGACAGCUGUGCAGUACCUCAGCGGCGACGGCGCCAGCAUCAGCGGCGGCGCUGGCGGCGACGCAGCAGCAUCCGCUGCUGCAACAGGAGCCAUGCGACGCAUCGGCCGGCGGCGGCGGCGGCGGCAGUAGCGGGGCUUCAGGGGCUCCGUUCUUGGGCUUGGGAGAUGGCGCCAUCAAGGUGCACCCGCCGCCCAGCGGUACGGCCACGACAGCGGCGGCCACGACCGUCGACGCCGGCGGUACGGCCGAACAGGGGCAAGAGUCUGGCCCCGCCCUGCUAUACUCGCUGUCGCCGACGCCGACGACGCUGCAGCCACCGCCGCCGCCGCCGCCGCAGCAAGUUAUCGGGGGAGAAGGAGCGGGGUGGAGGACGACUGUAGCCCCGAACGAGCAGCUAUUGCUGCUACAGCCGCAUUGCCAGCAGCAGCAACAACAACCGCAACUACAACCCCCUCCCUUGCAUCACUCGCAACAGCAGUAUCAGCGGCGCCAGCAGCCGUCCUCGUUAUUGCCGCCGCCGCCACCGAUGCAGCAGCAACAGCAGCAGCUGCAGCUGCCGGUGGAGCUACAGCCAACAGACCUCCCAGAGCAUUACCAGGCUGGAAGGGUCCCCGCACCAGCUGAAGCAGCGGCGGGGGCAGCGGUGGCAGCGCCGACGCCAAUGCUGUCAGGGAAAGGCAGCAGCCUGUCCGCGAACGUCAACCACCCGGGCCAGUGCCACGGCAAUUCCCAAGACGCCCAAACCCACUUACACACGGCAGUGCUGGCGGCAGUGCAGGCUGCUACUGCCGCCAGCGCGGCGGCAGCCGGCACCGCCGGCGUCGUUACCGGCGCGUCUUCUCUACUACCGGGCGGUACCGCGGUGCAAACAGGGGCGGUACAGGGAGCCGCAACAGCCAUCAGCACAGCUGCUACUGCCACUAAGUUUACUGCUCCUGUUGCUACAGCUGCCGCCUCUGGCGGCGCCGGCGUCGGCGGUGGGAGUAGCAGCCGACUGCCGGAGGGUGCUGGUGGGCUGGCGUGGCCGUCGGUGCUACUGCAUGGCCAGGGAUAA